CCUUGCGCGCUUUGUGCGCGCCGACUCCCGCCGCGCUCUCUCCUGGCGCGGUGUUUGUGGCUCUCCCCCUCGUUGCGCGCACCCUGUCAAAGUUCCCCGAGCCGGGCCUGACCUCUUUAGCCUCUGCGAUCUCUCCCGACCCCGUCCCCACCGCCUUAGGGACACGCCAUCCGGAGGUGACAGCCUUUCCCUUCCUUGCAGGACACCUGAGCCCCACUGCCUGCACCCUGAGGAAGCACAAGACGAAUAGGAAGCCCCGAACCCCGUUCACCACUUCCCAGCUGCUGGCUCUGGAGCGCAAGUUCCGCCAGAAGCAGUAUCUGUCCAUCGCGGAGAGAGCCGAGUUCUCCAGCUCCCUCAACCUCACAGAGACCCAGGUCAAAAUCUGGUUCCAGAAUCGGAGGGCCAAGGCCAAGAGACUGCAAGAGGCUGAGCUAGAGAAGCUCAAAAUGGCAGCGAAGCCCAUGUUGCCGUCAGGGUUCAGCCUCCCUUUCCCCAUCAACUCUCCCAUCCAGGCUGCCUCACUGUAUGGAACAUCCUACCCUUUUCACAGACCUGUGCUUCCUAUCCCGCCCGUUGGACUCUAUGCUACUCCCGUUGGAUAUAGCAUGUACCACUUAUCCUAAGAAGAUCAGAAAGACAAAGUGACAGUGAGACAGACUUCUUGGUGGAUCAUGUCCAACCCUGAGAAGGCAGUACCCCAACCAGUACUGGCCGUUCUUUCUGCACGCUUCUAUCUGCCAGCUUGAGUGUAUGGGAGUUUGCGUUAGCAAGCAAGGCAUCCUGUAUGCCACAGGUUGGGUGUCUUCUGAGACUGCUCUGAGCGCUCAGAGUCUGAUCCUCAAAGAAAAAAAAAAUAUGUAAAAACAAACAAACAAAAGAAAAAACAUUU